UUCUCUAUAUCAUGGAUCUCACAACAGUCCCAUAAUCAAAGAUGGAGCUGAGGAAGAAAUGGACCUGACUACGGAAAACCUCCGCCAACCCCCAACGAAAUCCAUCCUUCGAAUCCCUGAUUCGAUGGCAUCUAUUAAAAGGGCAGACCCAAAACCUUUUUAUAAGGUCCUUGGCCCCGUGGCCCUCACCAUGGCUUCAGCCUUUGGCUUCGCCCUCCGCCUUCAGUUCGCAACUGCAAAUAUCUAUGCCUUGGCACUUUUGCUUUUCGUUUACUUGAUCAUUUUCAUGGUGUCGGUUGUGCUCAUUGUUUUGCUAGUUUUUGUGCCACAGUCAAUCGGAGGCAUGGAAGUGAUGAAGGUGUUGCUGGUAUUUGGGGUGGUACUGUUUGCUGGGGCAUUCCUUUUGGAAAUGCUUCUUUUGCUUCCCCAUGAAAUCCUGUGGAUUUUCUGGCUCAUCUGUAUUGUCCUAGUUUUGGUGGGGGUCUUGCUGCUCUAUCUUGUAAUCUCAGUCUCUGCAGCUGCAAAUGCAGAGAUAGAGGCUGCAAUGGUGUAGAGAAAGAGAUGCCAAUGUAGAGAUAUAAUGUUGUGUGUUUGCAUGGGUGUGUACAUAUACACCUAGCGAGGUCCUGGUGCAUUUACUUCUCUUCUUGAUUGUAAUAACAUGAGAGUUAUUUAUCUCCCUAAAAAGUGUGAAAA